UUGCAUUGCUUUGUAGUGAUCAGGAACAGAAGGUCAGUUGUAUCGCUGGUCCCGAUCUGGUCAAGCUCCCGGUCCGGUGGCCAAACAAUCUCAAAUGAUGGGCAGAUUCAUUGAGGAAUGUCAUAAAUGAUAUCCGCCCAGUGCAUAUCAAGCCUAGGCUUAAACGGCUCAUUAAACAUUAAGCUUUUUGCUCUUAAAAUGUUAAACUGUUCUUGUUGUAGAUAUGUGCGUCUGAGGAUUCAAAAAUAGCUGCUUGCUCCAUCCUAGCCUUCAGCACAGGACUAGACUUGUGGAAGCACAAUGUAUGAGAAAGUCUUGUCUGCGAAACCAGAUGGAUCAUCAGUAUUAUUUAUUGAUGUGGGAGCCAGCUGCUCGCGCCAGCUGCUGCUGGGGUACGUGCUGUACCGGCUGCAGCAGCAGGUGGCCGUGACGUUCGUGCCGAGCGGCGAGCGGCCGGAGCAGCUGCCUGGCCAGCCACUGCUCAGCUGCCGACCGCUGGAUGAACAGCCAGGCUGCUGGCAGUCGGCUGCCCAGCUGGCCGCCCAGUUGGAGGCAGCUGUGCCUGCCGCUGGCCCGCCUGCACAGCUGAUGGUGCUGGAGGAUGCCUCGUGUCUGGCGCAUUGGCUUGGUGUUGGCCGACUCUGCCGACUGGUGCAGCGGGUCAUGGCCAGAGGCCACCAGAUGGUGCUGGCGGUGGGUGAGAACGCCCGUCGGUGAGGAGUGGCUGGCCCAGCUGCGCCACUACGC